UCAGGGCCAGGGGGGGGGGUGUCUAAUUGCGUGUCAAUCACUGCUCAUGCACUAGUAUUCAUUCAAAAAAAAUAAUGUAUGUGACGCUCCGACCCUCCUAGAUCGGGGCGUAACAUGUGUAUCGUUAGUCUUUGUAGAACUAAACCUAUGGUGGGUUGGUGGUAUGUAACACUUGUGCUUUAUUUAUUUGGUACCCCUAAAAUCGCAUGUGCCCCCAGCCUGACCCAUCCAUUUGAAAUGGUCUAGAACUGCCACUGGCUCAUGGUCUUGCUUAUAUUUUUCGACUGUAUAUUUCCCAAUCACUAUGUUUCUUUGUGUGACUAAAUUAAGCCCAUGUUUUAUGACUUUUAAUAUUUUCCAAACAGAGAGACAUGGGCCUGUAAAAUAAGUUUGAUCACUUUUUAUUUUAUUUUCAACUUGUACGGCCUCAUUUUCUUAUUCUAAAACAGGUGUAUUGUAUUUAUUUGUUAUAGUGUCUUUUACAUAUUGUUAUUGUAAUUCUAUUAUUUAUGUAUGUUAUUGUAUGUUGCGCUACUUGCUUUGUUGUUUGUUAGGUAUUUUAUUGUGCAGUCUCUGUGAAAUGUUUAGAUGAGUCAGGGUUUCUGCCUAAAGCUUUUAUUGUGAAGGAUAAAGCGGAAGUGGUGAAUUCUGACAUGUGCUUCCAUUGACUGUUUUUUGAUAAUAAAGAGAAGCCGUGUGUAGCAAAGUCUCCGUUCAUAAGUCAUGGCUCACGUUUUUAUUUUAUAAUUCUAAGUUCACGCAUUCAGUUACGUGCUCACACACUUCCUCCAUUCACACACACGGAGCCUCAAUCGUGUUUGUAACGUUAUGGGUUGAAGAGGUUAGCCAGGUCCUAGUUGUAAAUCGUUUUUUCUCCGUGAGUUCUGCUCUUUCAGCGUUACGUAGUUAAUCAGAUACAACCAGAUUGGACCACCAGAGCCCGUAUGCAUUGAUGAACUUGUUUAAGUGGACUAUGUGCACAUUUUGGGGGACAUUUGACCUCAGACUCAUCUCCUUUAGCCAAGAAUGCUAAAUGCAGUUAGCUUAGCCUGCUAGCUGGAAAUAGACGGAUACGGAACUCGGCCACACAGAGGUAGCUUGUCGGAGCGACUAUUCGGCAGAGACCGAACUAUUUUUUAUGGACCCACAAUAGUGCAGAUGACCCUGUCUGGACGGUCUCUGUGCUGUCCCCUUUGUUUGAAAACGUCGGAAUUAUCUCCUGGUGUCCUACGAAGCUAAUGAAGUUAGCUUGCUAGCUCCCCGAAGUAGACGGACCCGAACAACACAGCGCACUUGUCAGAGUGAGCAAACCGGUUUUAACGUUGUGUGUCUGGAGAAAAAGUUUCUGUGAUUUAGUAAAAAUGUCUAAAGUUCAACUGCUGAGAGAUUUUGUGAACCAGCGACUAACUGCGGCUGCUGAAGAGAUAUGUGAGCUGUUUGAAAGAACGAUAGCAGAGUACGAGGAGGAACUUGAGUUCCGUUCAAAAGAAAAUCACCGACAACUGAAACUGAUGGACGCCGCUGAUUGCAACCCUAAAGUCCGGUUACACAGAGCAGCAUCAAGUCGCCUAUACUCUCCAAUGCGUGGUCCACUGCCUGUUCUGCCCUCUAAUGUCCGUCCGCACCGCGUCCCGCCACCCACACUCCCCACCAAUGCGUGGUCCGCUGGCCCGUACCAACCUCUGAUGUCCGGCACUCCACCGAUGCUGUCCCAAUUCAGCGCUUCCACGUCCUCGUGUCUCUCCGUCUUGCCAUCGCGAUCCGUGGCCGUGAUGGACAACGAACAACACAUGGAGCCAACCGCACAUCGCUCGUACAAAGACAUCCAGCAGCUGUUGGUGGUUGAAGAUGAUGUUCCCCCUGAGCAGCAGGAGUGGAGCUCCAGUCUGGACCAGGAGGACCCAGAGCCCCCCCCACACAUUAAAGAGGAACUGGAGGAACUCUGGACCAGUCAGGAGGGAGAGCAGCUUCAAGGGCUAGAGGAGGCUGAUAUCAAGUUCCCAUUCACUUCUGUCCCUGUGAAGAGUGAAGAAGAUGAUGAAGAGAAAGCUCAGUCCUCACAGCUUCAUGAAAGCCAAACUGAGGAGAACAGAGAGGCAGAGAGAACAGAAGCUGAUGGAGAGGACUGGGGAGGACCAGAACCAGCCAGGAACUCAGAUCCAGAUAGACCUUUACAACCAGCUACUCUUGACAAGACUGUAGAGUCCUCUGAACCUGAGACUGAUGACAGUGGUGACUGGGAGGAGACUAGGGAACCUCAGUCAGGUUUAAACCCUCUGCAAAACAAUGAAGUACCUGGAAGUGAUGUGGAACCUCUGAAGAAACGCACUGGAGUCCAAACAGGAGGGAAACCAUUUUGUUGCUCGGUUUGCGGUAAAAGAUUCUUUCUGAAGAAGACUUUAACGUCCCACAUGAGACUUCAUUCAGAAGGAAAUCAUUUCACUUGCCCAGUUUGUAAACUGGUAUCCAGCAACAGAAGCACUUUGGUUAAACACAUGAGAAUCCACACAGGGGAGAAGCCAUUUACUUGUUCACUUUGCAAUAAACAAUUUGCACAAAAGGGACAUUUGAGACGACACUUGACUGUCCACACAGAUGUCCAGCAGUUGUCGGUGGUUAAAGAUUGGGUUACCCCUGAGCAGCAGGAGUGGAGCUCCAGUCUGGACCAGGAGGACCCAGAGCCCCCCCCACACAUUAAAGAGGAACUGGAGGAACUCUGGAGCAGUCAGGAGGGAGAGCACCUUCAAGGGCUGGAGGAGGCUGAUAUCAAGUUCCCGUUCACUUCUGUCCCUGUGAAGAGUGAAGAAGACGAUGAAGAGAAAGCUCAGUCCUCACAGCUCCUUGAAAGCCAAACUGAGGAGAACAGAGAGGCAGAGAGAACAGGAGCUGAUGGAGAGGACUGGGGAGGACCAGAACCAGCCAGGAACUCCGAUCCAGAUAGUCCUUUAGAAUCAGCUACUCAUGACAAGACUGCAGGCUCCUCUGAGACUGAUGACAGUGGUGACUGGGAGGAGACUCAGGAACCUCAGUCAGGUUUAAACUCUCUGCAAAACGAUGAAGAACCUGGAAGUAAUGUUGAAUGCAAUACUGGAAAAACAUCAGUUAGCUCCUCUGGAUGUGCUGGCCACGAGGAACAUCUGCAGAAACCCACUGGAGUCCAAACAGGAGUGAAACCAUUUAGUUGCUCAGUUUGUGGUAAAAGUUACACUCUAAAGUCAUCCUUAAAGAGUCACAUGAGACUUCAUUCAGAAGGAAAAGUUUUCACCUGCUCAAUUUGUAGAACAAGUUUCUGUGAGACUGGCAGUUUGGUUAGUCACAUGAGAAUCCACACAGGCGAGAAACCAUUUAGCUGUUCAGUUUGUGGUAUAAGAUUUGCACAAAAGGGAAACCUGAAACAACACUUGACUGUCCACACAGGGGAGAAAUCAUUUAGUUGUUCUGUUUGUAAUAAAAGAUUUGCACGGCGCAGUACUCUGAGACGACACUUGACUGUCCACACAGGGGGAGAAACAAUGGCUACCUUUACAUGCACGUAACAGUCCCUUUUUUUCCCCUUUUCCGA